AUGGGAAAUCAGACUUGUCUAGAUCUGAAUGAAGAACUGUGGCGACACAGACACGACUGGAGUACUUAUCCACUCACUAUAUUUAUUUUCGCUUUUUUUUACGCAACUAUUAUUUUGGUUGGCAUAUUGGGUAAUCUCUGCGUAAUAUUAGCCAUAUGCAGGACCAAAACGUUGCAGACAGUGCCUAAUAUGUUUAUAUUCUCGCUAAGUUCUUCAGAUCUUGUAGUUUGCUGCACUUCUGCCACCAUAACACCCAUUUCAGCAUUCAAAAAGGAAUGGAUUUUUGGUGCAGUAUUAUGCUCUAUCGCUCCUUUCAUUGCUGGUACUUCAUUAUGCUUUUCAACAUUUACUCUCUCAGCAAUCUCAGUGGAUCGCUUUUUGCUCAUUUAUUUUCCAACUAAGAAAGCUUUAUCUAAGCUCCAAGCAUUUAUUAUACUAAUUUGCUUGCUAUCGACAUCUUUAUCAGCACCAAUGAUUUUCAAGCAACGAUUGAAAAAAUUUGGCAGUUACUGUGGCCAGUUUUGUACAGAAGAAUGGGGCAUUGACCAAAGUGGUAGACGUGUUUAUGGGUCCAUCAUGCUCAGUGUACAGUUCCUUGUACCUUUACUGAUAAUUACCUUCUCAUACACAGCAAUUUCACUUAAAUUAAGUCAUUCUCAAAUAUCGAAAAAUGAUCAGCAACGCUUAGCUAUUAGACGUAGACAACGUACGAAUCGAAUGCUAAUAGCAAUGGUUGUAGCAUUUUCUGCUAGUUGGUUUUCCAGUGUUUUGUUCAAUGUGCUCAGGGAUUAUGACUGUCUUCCGGAAUGGUGCCGAUCCCAAGAGUACUUUUUUGGAAUUGUCACCCACUGCAUUGCUAUGUCAUCUACUGUAUGGAAUCCGUUACUUUACGCUGCUCUUAACAUGCAGUUACGUACUGCUUUUGUGCGGUUAUUGCCUAAUUGCUUGAAACAACAAUGUCAUCGAAGGAGUAUUCCUGCACUCACUGCCAAACCAAUUCUGCCUCGUUCACGUAUGAAUUGUGGAACAAGUAAGUUUUGA